AUGGCGUCAUCUAACGUCAACGUUCUGCUGUCGUCCUUCCCUGGACUAUCGCUUCCAUCCACCCUUUCCUUCACCUUACCUUCGACUUCCAGAAUCUCCGACCUGACGGAGAAGGUCGCAUCAUACCUUCCUUCCCCACUCUCUCUUCAGUCCCUUAUCCUUACUACGACCAACAACAAGCAAAUCGUCUCCUCUGCCGAUACCUUGCAAUCUCUCGUGACUGCUCGUGAUGGCGACUCCGGUGCAUCAACACUUCUGCCGCUCCGCCUGUCGGUUCCCCUAUGCGGUGGUAAGGGUGGAUUCGGAUCGCAGCUGCGUGCUGCUGGUGGCCGCAUGUCCAGCAAGCGUAAGCGCAACCAGGGCGACAACAAUAGCUCGAGUCGCAACCUCGAUGGCCGCCGUCUGCGCACCGUCAACGAAGCCAAGGCACUCGCCGAGUACCUCGCAGUCAAGCCUGAGAUGGAUAAAAAAGAAAAAGAAGAGCGCCGCCGCCGGUGGCAGGCCGUUGUUGACAUGGCAGAAAAGCGCCAAGAGGAGUUGAAGAACGGUGGCGGAAAGCAAAAGGUUGAUGGUCAGUGGAUGGAGGACAAGGAAGAGAUGUCUGAAAAGCUCCACGAAGCAGUCAUGGCGGCCUUGAAAGACGACACAUGGACCGACAAUCUUCGCGACGCGAUUCUGGGCGGGUCCAGCACCAGUGCCAGCGAAGGCAGUGAACACGCUACAUCGUCUAGCUCCGAUGAGGAUGAGGAUGAGGAUGAUGAGGAGAACGCCAUAUCCUCAGCUGUCGCAGGGCCCUCUGCACCCACGCAGAAGCCCGCGCCUCGCCGCUUUAUCGGAUUCGACGAUGACGACGAGUUCAUGAGUGACUCGGAUGAAGAGGAAGCGGACGAAUCUGCAGACAAGGGGAAAGGCAAGGCACGCGCUUAA